GGGAUUGGCAAAUACCGGAAGUUAUUCGUUACCUACGAAAACAAACUCACCAAAACCUACGAUAGGUCAAGCAUGUGGCAACACCUGAAGGAUCAGAAGAAUUCGAUGCAUUUAUAGUUUGAAAUUCGUAUAUUUCAUAACUCUUUCGUCAUUUUAUAAUGAGAAAAGUUCAUGAUUAAUCGGCGAAAUGUAAUUACAGCUGCCUGCUGUUUAAAUGUUUGAGUAAUAAAAUUCGGUCGAUUUCAGUACAGUACUACGCCAGUGCAUACCACUACCUUACCCGACUUUUGUUCAUAGAACGAUGGAAUUGAACGACGACGAACUCACGGAUUUAUAUAAAUGGGUAGAUGCAAUACCUUUAUCAAAGCCAAAGAAGAAUAUGACAAGAGACUUCGCCGACGGAGUGUGUGUUGCAGAGAUCCUGAAGUAUUAUUUCCCAAAAAUAGUGGAGUUGCACACCAUCUCUCAGUGCAGUAAAACUCAUUUGAAAAUACAAAAUUGGUUAAUGCUUAACAGAACAGUUUUUUCAAAAUUAAGAUUUGAACUUGCGUCUGACGUGAUAGAGGAUUUGUCUACCUGUAAACCUGGUGUCAUAGAAAAAGUUUUACAUAAACUACGAUCCAAGAUAGAUAGUGCACUAUGGCACAUGAAGAACAACCCACGCCGGGAGAGUGAUAAACCAGAGGCAGAUCAAGUGUACAAUCAUUACGCUAGCAUUCGUACUGAUCCGUACCAAGGUAAAACGGUAAAAGUCCCAGUGUUGGAACCUUACGAUCCCUACAAUGACUCUCCAAACAGAAAAGGUACAAAUCGUCACAGGAGUCCUACAAGAGGUUGUCCAUCAUCUUCGGAUGAAACUCACUCUGAUGAUGGUACACUAUCUUUGUCCCAGUGGUCUGAGCCAAUUGUGCCUUAUCAUAUGACGACUGCGGGCCCUCCACGCCCCACUGUGCCUUACUACAGCGGCCCAGACAGUGAGGCUGUGUCCUCACUCAUGUUCGAGGAGAAGGUCCAGGAAAGCAUGUCAAAGGAUGAAACCAUACAGAUUCUCCAAGCCAAAAUCCAGAGACUGGAACAUCUUCUGCAUCUGAAAGACCUCAAAAUCAACACCCUUCAGGAUCACCUUGAUGAACUCCGACCAACUGUGCAGACGAAGAAACGGUCACAAAACUUUCGCUAAAGCUUGAAUUAUUAAAAUUUUACCAUAUAAUCACAUCAUCAGAAUAUUUCACUCAGUAUUGGACUUGAUAUAAGUAGACAGUAGUUCAUGUGUGGAAAAAAUUAUAGUCGGAGAACCUACUUGGAAAUUCUGUCCUUAAAUUACUGGUGACACCAUCCUUAUUGUGAAAAUGAUCUUUUGUACAUGGAAAUAUCUUAUAACAGAGCACUGAAAGACGAUUUUGCUUGUAAGACAUUUUUUUGCUAUAUGCUGGGAGCUAAAUAGAACAUGUUGGACACAUGUUGGAGAAAGUGUUUUUGACUGUACGAAAUCCAACAUCUGCAACUUAGAUCAUCAGUAAGAGGGGGGAAAUUCAGAACUUCAUUCACAAGUUAAAAGAUACUUUCCAUGUUCUGGGAGAGAGAAAAGUUGAUUAUAAUUUAAAAGAAAAUAAAUUUUUGACCAAAAAUAUAGCUCUGAUACAUGUAUAGGCAGCAUUUAAAUAAACACAUAGUGAAGUCUUUGUCAUAAAUAUCUCUAUUUUCUAUUGCAAGAGAAAUUCUACUUCAUUCAAAACAUUAUUGUUAAGCAUAAAACAGGCAUUUUAUUUCUAUCGAUCAAAGUGAUCUCUGUAUACCAUUCAAUACACUCUCUCCCUAAGGAUUCUCUUAGUACCACUGUAUACCAUUCAAUACACUCUCUCCCUAAGGAUUCUCUUAGUACCACUGUAUACCAUUCAAUACACUCUCCCCCUAAGGAUUCUCUUAGUACCACUGUAUACCAUUCAAUACACUCUCUCCCUAAGGAUUCUCUUAGUACCACUGUAUACCAUUCAAUACACUCUCUCCCUAAGGAUUCUCUUAGUACCACUGUAUACCAUUCAAUACACUCUCUCCCUAAGGAUUCUCUUAGUACCACUGUAUACCAUUCAAUACACUCUCUCCCUAAGGAUUCUCUUAGUACCACUGUAUACCAUUCAAUACACUCUCUCCCUAAGGAUUCUCUUAGUACCACUGUAUACCAUUCAAUACACUCUCUCCCUAAGGAUUCUCUUAGUACCACUGUAUACCAUUCAAUACACUCUCUCCCUAAGGAUUCUCUUAGUACCACUGUAUACCAUUCAAUACACUCUCUCCCUAAGGAUUCUCUUACCGGGGUAGUACCACUGCCAAAAAUUUCAACUCUGAAUUGGAAACUUUUUCUCCAGCACAAUCACCGGUAUAUAAAAAAUAAUAAAGGUGAAAUAAAAACAAAUCAAUAACAGUGUUCUGAGUUUGAAAAUUCAAUGGAGCCAGACGAGGAUUCGAACCCGAGACCUCCAAGUCAUUAUAAGCAGUCACUCUAGGCAACAGAAUUUUCUAGUGAGUUGUUGGCAAUGGGACAUGGAUCCUUAAAUCUCAGUAGAUUGAUGUUAUUUUGACAUUUAUAACACAUUUCUAAUAAUCUCUUGGUUUCUUUGCCAUUUAAAUUGUUGAUCAAGUUAUCUAGUGAUAGAACUACCACUGACAACAACACACUGAUUGAGUUAUCUCCCUUAAAAAAAGGUGAACCACAUCUUUUGUAUAAAGAGUGUUUUAAGAAGUAGAUCUAUGAUUUUUUUUUUGUGUCUGUUGGACUUCAUCAUUCAGCCCAAAAAUUUGCCACAUAUUUAGUGUAAAAAGAUAGUAAUGUUUUAGAUAACGAUGAAUAUCAAUGUCUAAAGAAUUCGUGGUUCCGCUUUGUGUAAGAAAUGGUUUCAAUAGGAUACACAUGUGUAAAUGAAAUAUACAUGGUUAAUAUUAGACAUAUUAUGUAACAUCUACAUGGUUUUAACAAACAAGACACGGAAUAUAAAAUCUGCAUAGUUUUGAUAUUAGUUGUAUGAAAUCUACAUGAUUUUAAUAGAUGAGACACAAUAUAUAAAAACUACGUAUAAUUUUAACAAAUUGUAUAAAAUCUACCUGGAUACAUGGUUUUUAUAUGUAACACUUUGUAUAAGCUCUGUUUGAUUUCUUAGAGAUUUUCAUUGGCUGGGGAACAUUUCAGUUUUGUAUAUUGAAGUGUUGUCAACACAUAGCUGUGAUAUUUUCAAACAGUUUGACGAAUUGUGUAAAUCACUUUAUUUUCAUGAGUAUGUCUUGUGGUAAUUUGCAAGGAGACUCGUGUGCAUAUAAUAUUCUUUGCAGCAAUAAUCCCUAUCAGUAUUGAAAGAACAUUCUCUAAAUAAAAAAAAACAGGUAUUGUUUGUGAAAUUAAAUACACAAGAAAUAAAGUGAUUAAAAGUUUGGUAUGGGUUAGAUAAUCAGUGUCUUACAGAUAUCUAUCACUGAACAAAAUAAAAGUAAGAUAUGGGUUAGAUAAUCAGUGUCUUACAGAUGUUUAUCACUGAACAGAAUAAAAGUUGGGUAUGGUUAGAUAAUCAGUGUCUUACAGAUGUUUAUCACUGAAGAGAAUAAAAGUUUGGUAUGGGUUAGAUAAUCAGUGUUUUACAGAUGUUUAUCACUGAAGAGAAUAAAAGUUUGGUAUGGGUUAGAUAAUCAGUGUCUUACAGAUGUUUAUCACUGAACAGAAUAAAAGUAAGAUAUGGGUUAGAUAAUCAGUGUCUUACAGAUGUUUAUCACUGAACUGAAAUCAACUUGUGGUGUUCAUGUCACAAAUAUCAGGUCAUCGAAAGUACAGAAACAUUCAUAAAAAAUAUACGAAAUGUUGAAAUCAAAAUUAGCCUUAUGUGAUGUGAAAUAUUUGGUACUACGUAUACAAGGGAAAUAUUAAGAUAUAUCAACAGUUAUGUGUGUGUACCUUAGUAUCAUUUAUGGAAGGUUUCGGUACAAGUAUCUAGAUGGUUAUUGAAGGUUCUGGUUAGUAUAUAUCCUAACAGUUAUGGGAGGUUUCGGUGUGUGUACCUUAGUAUCAUUUAUGGAAGGUUUCGGUACAAGUAUCUAGAUGGUUAUUGAAGGUUCUGGUAAGUAUAUAUCCUAACAGUUAUGGGAGGUUUUGGUGUGUGUACCUCAGUAUCAUUUAUGGAAGGUUUCCGUACAAGUAUCUAAAUGGUUAUUGGAGGUUCUGGUUAGUAUAUAUCCUAACAGUUAUGAGAGAUUAUAGUAAGAAUGUCUGUGGUGUUUUGGUAAACAUAUCUUGUAAAUUAGCAUCAAUUAACAUUGUAUAAUUUUCCAGAGUGAUUUAGCAGUCAGAUUUUUUUCUUGUGUAAAAAAUUGUCAAAUGUUAACUUCUAAUUUUUCUGUGAUGGUAUAUCUUUAAAUUGUCUACAUAACAGAACUGUGUUAAUGUACAUGUAUGAUGUAAUUUUUUAUAACUUUUGAUUUUGCCUUUACCUGGAACUAACUUCGUUUUGAAUUUUUUGUUUGUUUUUAUGUCGGCAGGUUAGAAUGAAUUUUCCUGUAUAAAGCUAUUUGUUUUUAUGUCGGCAGGUUAGAAUGAAUUUUCCUGUAUAAAGCUAUUUGUUUUUAUGUUGGCAGGUUAGAAUGAAUUUUCCUGUAUAAAGCUAUUUGUUUUUAUUCAAAAGCUUGACAAGGAGGACAUAUAUAUAAGACUUCUAUUGGUUAUAUGUAAAUUUUUAUUUUUAUUUUACAACAGUUAUGAAACAAGUUUUCCGUAUUUGUAUAAAACACUUGUUGGCCAGGAUGGAAGCACACAGAGGCUCGUCUAUUGAUGUAGUAUUAUCAUUUUGAUGCUUUUGAAUAUUCAUGAUUCCUUAGUUUAUAUUUCUGAUAAUCAUUUUCCGUCCAAGCAUAAUGCUAUAAUUAAAACAAAAUUACAAUUAAAACUAGUUUUUCAACUACCGGUAUCUAUAUCGAUCAGUCAGAAAUAUGCUAAAAAAGGUAUGUUCUAAGGGCUUAUAUUAUUUCGUUUUUGCACUCCAGCGAGAUGUUUCUCAGGUAUUUGAUAUCUACGUUGAACAGUUUCUGUUAGAUUGAUUUCAAUCAUAAGAUAUUUUUGCUUAAAUUUGCUAGGUACCAGUAUGUUGUAGAAAGAGGGUUCAUUUUCCUAAAAUACAUUUUUAGAUAUAGAUUCAAAUUCUUCCGUCCUUAGAUAGUAAUCAAGACAAUGAUACUUCCAGUAUUUGUUUUAGAAUAUUUGUCUGGAAAAGAUUGUAUCUGUUUGUCCGAAAUAUUUAUGUUCAUGUACUGGUAAAUAAAAUACUGCAAUGCAUAACA